AUGAGCAGAGCUCUGAGCUGCAUCGUCUUCUUGUUGGCCAAUUUCACAUGGAGGUCCGAUGGGCGUCGUGGAUAUGGACCGGGAAGACAGGACUGGGGUCACAUCGAGGUCAGGCCCGGAGGUCACAUGUUCUACUGGCUGUUCUACACAAAAGAUGGGGCUGUUCCGAGCUGUGCUGACCGACCGCUGAUCAUCUGGCUACAAGGCGGUCCCGGUUCAGCCUCCACAUCGUAUGGAAAUCUAGGAGAAGUGGGUCCCAUCGAUUUGGACAGUCGGAUGCGUGACUCGACUUGGGUAAAACACUUCAACGUACUCUUCAUUGACCAGCCGCUGGGCACUGGCUUUAGCUAUUUGGAGGAGCAUACGAAAUUCCCGGAGAACAACAGUGAACUGGGAAGGGAUCUGGUCAACUUUAUGAAAGGUUUCUAUGGCAGACACAGGGCAUUCCAGAAGGUUCCCCUGCACAUCUUCGGUCAGAGCUACGGGGCCAAGGUGGCGGCAGAAUUUGCUCUCCAGCUGCAGGAUGGACAAAAUCGUGGGCAGAUCAGUUUCCAACUGAUCUCCGUUAACUUGGUCAGUCCUUGGAUCUCCCCCCUGCACUCGGUAAUGUCCUGGGGCCGAAUACUUCUCAGAAUCGGUGCGGUUGAUGAACAGAUGUAUAAGGAAAUCCAUGCAGCUUCCCUCCAAGUUGCUCAUUUGAUGAAAAGGAAUCGCUGGAGCGAAGCGUCUAACCAGAUGUUCGUAGUGCAGCGGCUAAUAGCAGCUCAGAGAAUAGGUUUGUACAACUUUAUGGAUCGAUCUGAAGAGAGCACAGAACUUCGUGAGGCCCAGAUAAUGAAUGGUCCAGUCAGAAUUGCCCUAAAUCUCAGCGAUAAUCUCCAAUUCGAGGGUUCCAGCAACAUUGUCUUCGAUCGGCUUAGUAACGACUUCAUGAAACCUGCUCUGACCACUGUUAGCCAGCUUUUGGACGGGACUUCCCUCAAAGUGAAUAUAAUUUCGGGUCAACUGGAUCUGAUUUGUUCUACAUUGGGCACCAUGCACUGGAUAAAGAAACUGAAAUGGAGCGAAAGGAAAGCCUAUUUUAAUGCACCCCGGGAAGACAUCAUUUUAGGGAAUCGAAUCGAGGGAUUUCAGAAGACAGGUGGGAAUUUGACCAUGUUUUAUGUGAAAAAUGCAGGUCAUAGUGUGCCCGUGGAAAAUCCUAGAGCAAUGAGUAGGAUCCUAAGGAUUGUGACACAAUUUGGAUGA